AUGCGCUGGCCAUUUCUGACCGUGCUGCUGUGGCUCGUAUCUCUCACAACAGCAGAGAACGGCUUCAAUGGAUGGCUACGAUAUGCUCCCGUGCACUGCGACAAACGCUGCCAGCGUGCGUUACCAUCGAGCAUUGUUACGCUGAAUAGUACCGACUCGGGCCCCAUAGGUACCGCUAUUAAUGAGCUGCAAACUGGACUGGAGAACAUCGUUGGCAAGCAAUUACCUAUCAAGCGGUCCAACUGUGGUUCGCGCUCAUCGAUUCUGGUCGCUACCCUCGAGCAAUACCGCCAUACCUGCAACAGAAGCUCCGAAGUCCCUGCUCUUGGCAUUGAUGGCUUCUGGUUGCGAUCUUAUGGCGAUACUGUUCAAAUCUUGGGAGAAAAUGAAAGAGGUGCGCUGUAUGGAGCUUUUGAGUAUCUCUCACUCCUUGCGCAGGGCAACUUCUCUCACGUCGAUUAUUCCACCAGUGCACAUGCACCGGUCCGAUGGGUGAAUCAGUGGGAUAAUAUGGAUGGGAGCAUUGAGCGUGGAUAUGCUGGACCUUCUAUCUUCUUCAAAGAUGGCCGUAUUGUUGAGGAUCUAUCCCGUGUCAAACAGUAUGCUCGCCUUCUAGCGUCCGUCCGAAUAAAUGGUAUUAUCGUCAACAAUGUCAAUGCAAAUGCAACCCUCUUAACUUCCGAGAAUAUGGAUGGCCUGGCUCGCAUUGCAAAUGUUUUCCGGCCGUAUGGCAUCCAGAUCGGCAUCUCUCUCAACUUUGCUUCGCCAGAUACCUUGGGCGGCCUAGGCACUUACGACCCACUUGAUCCCUCCGUCAUCUCCUGGUGGGCGAACAUUACCGAUAGCUUGUAUGACCGCGUGCCAGACAUGGCAGGAUAUCUGGUAAAAGCCAGCUCUGAAGGACAGCCUGGCCCUGAUACAUACAAUCGCACGCUAGCUGAAGGAGCCAACGUCUUUGCGAGAGCCCUACGACCGCACGGCGGAAUCCUUAUGUUUCGCACUUUUGUCUAUGAUCAUCACAUUAACGAAUCAAUCUGGACAAAUGACAGGGCGAAUGCACAAGUGGACUUUUUCAAGGAGCUAGAUGGCCAAUUUGAGGAGAACGUGAUUCUGCAGGUAAAAUAUGGGCCCAUUGAUUUCCAAGUCCGCGAGCCGGUGUCUCCUCUAUUCGCCAAUCUCUACCAGACCAACGUGGCGAUCGAACUGCAGGUCACCCAAGAAUAUUUAGGCCAACAAGAUCACCUGGUCUACUUAUCUCCACUGUGGAAAGAGCUUUUGGAUUUUGAUCUGCGCGUCGACCAUCAACCGUCACUUGUUCGCGACAUAAUCUCGGGGCAACGGUUUGAUCGACAACUGGGCGGAUGGGCAGCGGUGGUUAAUGUUGGAACAAAUACAACAUGGUUGGGUAGCCAUCUGGCAAUGUCUAAUUUAUAUGCUUAUGGCCGCCUGGCGUGGAGUCCCACGGACGACUCGCAAGACAUCCUUCAGGACUGGAUUCGCCUUACCUUUGGGCGUGAUCAAACUGUGUUAGAUACGCUCACUGACAUAUCCAUGACAUCGUGGCCUGCGUACGAAAAUUACACAGGAAACCUGGGCAUUCAGACGUUGACCGAUAUUCUUUACACACACUACGGCCCCAACCCCGCAUCGCAGGAUAAUAAUGGCUGGGGUCAAUGGACGCGUGCUGAUCACGACACAAUUGGAAUGGACCGCACCGUGAAGAAUGGCACAGGUAAUGCUGGCCAAUACCCAGCUGAAAUUGCACAGGUGUAUGAGGACCGUGACAGCACGCCGGACGAUCUGUUGUUGUGGUUCCAUCACGUUCCCUAUACGCACCGUCUCCACUCGGGGAAGACCGUCAUCCAACAUUUCUACGACGCACACUAUGAUGGUGCAGAGGCAGCGCAACGUUUCUUAUCCCAGUGGGAAUCCCUUAGAGGUCGUGUUGACGAGCAACGCUACAAUGACGUUCUGUCUCGCUUAGUCUACCAGGCUGGACAUUCUCUCGUAUGGCGGGAUGCCAUCAACAACUUCUACUGGAACAUGUCGGGAAUCUCAGAUGAAAAGGAACGAGUCGGCCAUCAUCCAUGGCGCGUGGAGGCUGAGUCUAUGACCUUAGAUGGCUACGAACCGUACACCGUGAGUCCUUUCGAGACGGCAUCUAACUAUACCGCGGUUGUCACCACCUCAAACUCCACCACGGGCACAGCCCAAACGAGACUCGAAUUACCCUCGGGAACCUAUGAUCUCGGCGUCAACUACUAUGACAUGUAUGGUGGGAAAUCCGAGUGGACAGUCUAUGUUAAUGACCGCCUUGUGGGGCGAUGGGAGGGAAACAGUGAGAACACCCUGGGGCAUACACCGUCCAUCUAUAUUGACGGUCACUCCGCCACGCGGGUCACAUUUCGGGAUGUGGAAAUUGAGAAGGGUGACCAGUUGAAGAUUAUCGGGGUGCCCGACGGCAUUGAACCUGCUCCUUUGGACUACGUGGUGCUGCUUCCACCAGACGUUGUGGACUAA